AUGAAAUCUCUUGGAAACAGCGUGAAAAUUGUUGUUCUCCUCAUAUUGAUUAUCCAUUCGCAAGCCGAUGAUUCAAGUUGGUAUCAAACUUUUUUGAAUGAACAAGUUGCUCCAUCAUAUGCCAAUGCAUAUCAAACGUUGAGAAACAAAAUUAUCAAUCCUUUAUUGGCAUAUACGAAUAGCAACUCUACUUCAAAUGGAACCAGCGCAACAGAAAUUGUAUCAUUGGCACAAGAAGUGACAUGUGCAGCAAAGGAACUUUAUGCAAGUCUGUCCAAUGCAUUGAAUGCAAGUGAACAACUUAACACUAUUGUCGAGAAUAAAACAUCGCAAGCCAUAUUAGAAGUCUCACAAAAAGAAAAUGAAAUUCGGCAAGUCAACGAACAAUUAAGCUCGAUUGAAGCUCGAUUGACCGAUGCACAAAAUAAUGUAAAUCAAGCCGAAAAUGAUGUGAAAAAUACAGAAAAUGAAUUAGCUCAGAGUGAUGCACAUCUUGCCGACGAGCUGCAAAAACUUGAAAAAGCACGAGUCUGUGGACUUAGAAAAAAACGAUUCUUACACAAGGUUUGGAGAGAAAUUGUUCGUCGUCCUGUGGACACCGUUCGGGACAAGGUCAUUAGUCCCAUUGUUAAGCCUGUCAUGCCCAUUCUCAGUCCUGUUCUUCGUGUUCCUUGCGCAGCACUUAAUUAUGGAGGUAUUAACAGUGCAAAAGAUCGUCGAGGAGCUGCUCAAGGUGCAGUGAAUGCAGCCAGAGAACAACUGGCUACUCGUCGACAAGAACUUGAGAGACUUCGUGCUGAACGAACUAACUUUCAAGCUCAAAAGUCUCAGGCAACUGCUCAACUUCAAUCUCUUACCUUAACUCUUGUUCAAUUUCAAGCUCAACAACUGGCUUUAGGUAAUAUGACACAAGAUAUGCGAAAUGUCAUUAAACAUCUGGCAGCUUUUGUUUCCAAGUCAUCUGUUCUGUACGACGAAUUGAAAGAUUUUGUUAGCUUUGAAACUUUGAUCGAACCAUUAAAUUCUAUCUUGAUGGAGCUGAUUGAUAAUGGGGUAACGACCAAGACGAUUGCUGGUGCCAGUCAAAUUUCGUCGAGUGAAACUCUUUUAACUAGAAACACUAUUGACCUUCUUAAAGCUUACUUACCUACUUUAUCUUCGGUUGAAAAUCUUCUUGCUGCCUGUUAG